GUUAUGCAGCCUGCUUAUCUUAAUAUUUUGAUUCCCCCACUGGUUUGGACGUCGGAACAAAUUUCAGAUUCAGAUAAAAAUGUAAUUCCAUUGCUAAAGUGCUUCACAUCCAUUUCUAAGGCUUUAGAAGUAGGUUUCGCUCCAUUUUCUAUGUAUGUUUUCGAGAGGUGCAUGGAUAUCCUCCAACUACAACAGCAAGCUAAGGUUGAUCAUGAUAUUGCUGAGGCUCCAUACGAUCCAAAAAUCGUUGUUUGUUCUCUUGAAUUUGUUUCUGGAGUUGCUGAAGGGCUUGGCAGUGGGAUAGAGUCUCUGCUUUCAAAAAGUAAUCUAAGGGAUAUGCUUCUCAAGUGUUGCAUGGAUGAAACUCCUGAUGUUAGAGAAAGUGCUUUUGCCCUUAUUUGUGAUCUUACAAAAGCAUUCCCGGUUUAUUUAGACCCCCGCCUGCUUGAGUUCCUCGAAAUCGCCUGCCAACAACUGAGAGAAAAUUUUAGUGGAGAAAACCUUUCUGCUGCAAAUAAUGCUUGUAAAGCCAUUGGAGAAUUAGCUUUCAAGUUUCCUCAAGAAGUCUCACCAAUUGUGACCAGUGUUGUCUCUUCCUUAGGCCUGAUUAUUCAACAAGGAGAGACACUAGAAUUGGAGAGUGCAACUACACUAGUUGAAUACAAUGCAAUUGAACUAGCUAUGAACAGUGCAAUUACCAUUGGGAUACUAGCAUUUAUUCAUCCAGACCUCGGUGCACCGCACAUUGAGAACUUCAUGAAGCCUUGGUGCAUGAGAUUGGCAACGUUAGAUGAUAACACUACAAAAGAAACUGCAUUUCGAGGGUUAUGUGCAAUGGUUAAGGUGAAUCCAUCAAGAUAUGUCAGCUCGGUUGCUUUUAUAUGCUUAGCCAUUGCAAGCUGGCAAAUGCUUGGAAGAAACUCAUGGGAAGAAUGUCUUUCUGUUUUGGAUCCUGUUUUUAAGGAAAGGCUUGCUGAAAGGUAUCAAGUGUGACAUUGAUCGUAAAUCGGUUACGUCUCAAAUCAGAGAGAUCUCAUUGCAAACAACAAAUAGAGCACAGAGUUUAAGCAAAAAGUGUUUCAGUUGCAUUUACAUUCUAAAUACAAAAUUUGAUCAUUUGGUUUUGUAUCCAUGAUUUAUACCUUGGACCAGUGAUAACUCUUUCAAUUAAGUUGUGGUUUUAUU